AUGGCGACUCCUCAGUCCACCACCUCGGACGAUUUCUCCGGCCCCAAGAAGCUCGAGCAAAUCACGUUCCGCUUCUGCUCCGAAUGCUCCAACAUGCUCUACCCCAAGGAAGACGAAGACGCGCACAAGCUGCAGUUCACCUGCCGCACCUGCCAGUACACCGAGGACGCCCAGUCGACGUGCGUCUUCCGCAACGUGCUCAACAACUCGUCCGGCGAGACGGCCGGUGUCACUCAGGACGUCGGCUCUGAUCCCACGGUUAGUACUAGUGAUUUCGUGCCAGUCCUGUGCCUUUUCUGCGAGACCGUCAUCUCCUGCAACACCUGUGGAGUUCCUGCCAACGGCCAUCUCGACUCUUGGCCCUCCCCGAGCGAGUCCGAGGACGACGACGAUUAUUCCGAUUGUCGACCGGGUAGCGUUGGGACCAUGGGCAUGGCUCAGUUUAACCUGUUCAUUUCCGACGACCCCUUUGAGGAAUACGACGAAGAGAUGAUGGAAGACGUCGAGUUCGGCAGCACCGACAGCUCCACCGAAACCGACUCCAUCCACUCCUUCAGAGACGAAGUUGGUCAUUGCGAUGAUGGCGCGGUCCUCGUCACCCUUUGA